AUGGACACAAUUAAGAAAGCUAUCGGCAGCGCGUUCGACCCCAACACAGACAUCCCCGACCUCAGUGGGAAGGUCUAUGUUGUUACUGGCGGCUCUGCCGGAAUCGGAUACGGUAUCGUCGCUCACCUCCUUCAGCACAACCCCGCGAAGAUUUACCUGCUCUCGAACAAAGAAGACCACGCCGACGAAGCCCAAGAAGCGCUCAAGGAAUGGGGGGACGUAAGCAAAGUCGAGUGGCGCAAGUGCAACCUCGAAGACCUCAAGCAGGUCGACGAAGUAGCCAAGUCGCUCGCAAAGGAGCUGGAUAGGCUCGAUGCUUUGGUCUGCAAUGCUGGUUUAGGUGUUGGCGUAUACAACGAGACGCGCGAUGGUCUGGACAGCCACAUGCAGGUCAACGUCUUCUCACAGGCUCAUCUUACGCUCACGCUCUUGCCUAUACUGCAGAAGACGCCUGAUUCUCGCAUCGUGCACCAAUCGUCUGAUCUACACAGGGGCGCUGACUCAAGCAUGAAGUUUGAAUCAAUCCAGGAGAUGAACCAAGACAUUGGCGCAACGAAGCUCUACAACCGCACCAAGCUAGCGCAGAUCCUCUUCCUUCGCGAACUGUACUUUCGUAUCAAGGCCGGCGAGUUCGGCCAAGUUACAGAGAGCAACGGCUUACCUUGGAUCAAUGCGACACACCCCGGUGGCGUGUCAACGGAUCAGCAAGACCAGGCAGUCGAGGCUUAUGGUACCAUGGGAAAGGUUGGAGUCAUGGCUGUGCGGCCGUUCAUGAAGGACCCUGUAGCUGAGGGAUGUCGCCCGGCCUUGUUUGCUACAGCGUCUCCGGAUAUUGUGAAGGACAAGAUCCAAAACUCGUAUAUCGUUCCUGAUAAGAAGGUCCAAGAAGCGUCCAAGCAGGCUAGGGAUGAGAAGUUGCAAAGAAACUUGUGGAGGUUGACCAAGGAAGUCCUAGAAUCGAAGAUUGGUAGCUUGCCGUACGAGAUGAGAACUGAGGUUGUCAACACUGCUUAG